AUGAAAACUUACCAGGUACUUGGUGUUCCUUCUGAAGUGGUGGAGCUAAAACGUCCACCUUCAUUUUUUCAUUCAUGAGAAAGAUCCGAAGGCCUAGACAACAAUCAAGCUUUUGUCUUGGACUCCUUUUCUAGAAAAUAAACCAUUUCCCUGGGAUGUUGGAAAUCUGUAGGAAGGAUCUUCUGGCCAGGAACAUGGGCAGGAUGCUAAAGCUUUUUCCGAAGGAAUUUAACUUCUUUCCCAGGACCUGGUGUCUUCCUGCUGAGUGAGUCUUUCCUAAAUCAUUUUCCAUCUUGGCUUGCUUCCCCUCAUCAUCACAGAGAUUGAGGAAUCCGGGUGGACACAGAGUGGAGAAGCAAAGUCUGAAGGGGGGGGCGGAACUUUUGCACAAAUGGUUUUUAAAAACCGUUUUAUCAGGUCAUGUCUGGUAAAAUGCCACCACCACACUAAGAGCACAUUUCCGCUUGUGCCAUGCCUAGAAAGUGGUUUUCCCCUUACCUCACUCCAUUCCAAGGGAAACCCCGCUCUUUAGCUAUUGAUCGGAAGAAAUGGAAAUCUGAAGAAAACCUAAAUUGCCAUUUGCUCUGACUGAGCACCAAAGAGCCGAUUCCCCUGGGUGGUGGGGAAGCAGUGGAACAAGAGGAAGUGCAGAUAAGCCCUAUGCAGCGUAUCAUAAAUGAUUAUGUCUUGUGGAAAAGCUCUUCUGGACACUUUCCUGAGUGGGCUGUGUGUCUUGUCCAUGGGCCACUAUCUCCCUGCCCACCAGAUCAACUGGUGAGAAAAAUGGCACAACUUCUCUGUAAUUUGUAGGGGUGGAAUGUACCAAAUGAAUGCAUCUGAGCGUUCCUCAAACCUCCAUACAGACACUCUCGUAGGGUUAAAACCUUUUCCUACAGGCAGGGCUUUUUUCAGCUGGAACUCAGUUCUGGCACCUCUCAGGUGGGCACCAUUGGCAUUAUAAGAGAGCGAGGGAGGCGUUCAUAGUGAACUCCAGCACCGCUUUUCCUAGAAAAAUAGCACUGCUUAUAAGGAGAGGUGCCGCAGCCCCUAGCCAUUUUGAUUGGUCUUUUCUGCAUCUUUUUUCAUCUCUACAUUAUCGAUUUUCAGAUGCAGGCAUCAUUAUCUAUGUGGACUUAGGCCUGGGAACAAAUACAAUUCAAGGGUUGUAAUGAAAGAAUGAGGCAGCAGGAGAGGGCAAAUGCCCUUCAAAAAGAGGGAUACCAAAAGAUGGGACUUAAACCCCUUAUUUUAACUGCUGCCCAAUGUUACCAACAUUUUUUUCAGUCCUUGUCAACUCAGGAUCUGGAGAGAAAGCCUAGUUGCCAGACUCAGUUCUGAAAAAUGCAGCAUCCUUUCAGUGCCAUAUUUAGCAGGGUUAUAUUAUUAUAACAACAACAACAACAGUUACUACUACUACUUCUAAAGCAUGGUGCUGAUAAUAACAAGGUUGCAGGUUCGAUCCCCGAAAGGGACAGCUGCAUAUUCCCGCAUUGCAGAGAGUUGGACCAGAUGAUCCUCAGGGUCCUUCCCAACUCUGCAGUUCUAUAAUCCCUACUACUACUCAUAGCUGUCAACCUUCCCUUUUUUGUGGGGAAUUCCCUUAUUCCAGUGCCAUUUCCUGCUGCUUCCCCUGCUAUCCCGGAUUAUUAGAUAUCCCGUAGACUGUCCCCGGGACAGGUGAGGCUGCUGAUCCCUUAUUUUCAAAUCUGAAAGUUGACAGCUAUGCUACUACUGCUUAUAUUCAUAGAGGUACCUACUGAGUAGAUCCAUAAAAAAGCAAUAGUACCAAAAUGAAUCAUUGUGAAACUAAUAAAGAUGGGCGGGGGAGUAAACUUAAUCCUCGCCCAGGGGGCCAUAUUACCAAAGUCCACCCCGAUCCUUUAAUGCAGCCUUGCAAAAACAAUUAAAACAAGUGCCUAGUCCACAGCAAUUUGUUCACGACUCUCUUCUUCUUCCCCACAUCAAUAUCUAUAUUGCAAAAGUAAAAGAGGUCCAAAUUUUGUCAAAGGUUUCUUUUUCACUGGACGAGUAUCUCUUGCUAUAGAUGAGCAGGUGAAUGAUUAUUUGAGUCUCCUCUAAUGGGUCAAGAUCCUUGGUUUGACCUGCUGAAAGGAUGCUCUUUAGCUUUAGCCUGCAUGAUUAUCUCUGAACUGACAGUGUAUGUGAGAAGUGUGAACUUUCCCAUAGCUCAGUCAUUAAAUGUGGUUGCUGCAAGAUAUUGCUGGAGCUAUUGACUCCAUCUUGUUUUCCCUUUAACUAUCUGGUCAUCACUGGGGUUGGCGAGGAAUGGAAGGAUGAGGGGCCUGAAGGGAAGUGGUAGUGUGAAAGGCAGCAAAAGUUUCUUCUGGAUGUCUUGGGAGAGAAAACAAACAACCUUAGUUCUGGGGUGGUUUGUGAUGGUAUCAGGCCUAUUUCCCAUUACUAUCACUACUUUAGCUUGAACUAUUAUUAUGCCACUGUCUGGUACUACAUCAAACGAGAAUGUAUAUUUUGCUUUCCUCCUCACUGCUCUCAGCUAUGGAGAACUGCAAGCAUUUGGCAGGUCAAAAAAACACAAAACCUACAUCUGUAAGCCAGACUCUGGUUGUCAAGGCAGAGGCAUUUUUAUCACAAGAUCUGUGAAAGAUAUCAAACCUGGAGAGGAUAUGAUCUGCCAGCUCUAUAUCUCAAAGGUAACCCCUUUUAUUAGUCUUCGAAAUGGGCUGCCUGUGUUGCUUGUGUGUCCCUUUAGAUCAGGCACAAUUCUCAUCAUCCCUGACCAUUCAGCAUGCUGGCUGAUGGGAGUGAUGGCAGUCCAGCAACAUCGGAAGGAAACAGGUUCCUCAUCCCUGCUCUAGUCAUUGGUUGCUGCAAUACUGAAGAUGUUUGUAGUGUACAAUUUCAGGGAAGUGCCAAUCCAUCGAAAAUAAUGUUGAUCAGUGAACCAACUCUGAGAGAAGGAGUUGUUUUGAAAGGGUCCUAACAUCCAGCACCUAGAGAGAGCAGCUGCAUGCUAUCAGGGUGAAAGACGCUAAGAGGGGGACUGAGACUGGGGGGAGAUUUGGCAAUGGGAGUGCUCAAGGGGGGGGGGCUGAAGAAAGGGGAAUACAUAGGCAACACACUUAAAAGCAGGAGUCUUGGCGAAAGUGGGAUAAGGCAAAGAGACUGUGAUGGGAUGACUUUUUAUUCUAGAAUCCAUGGAAUACUUGAUUUUUCUAUAUAGUCCCCACACUAUCCAGAUCUAUUGCAUAUUUUCGCCCCUGAAAAGUGCUUAUUGUAGAUUGGUUCUGCAUUACCCAGAAGUGUGUCUAAUUGAAAAUGGAUGUAAGUGGUCCCAGCAAUGGUGGGUGCAUCCACACCUGCCCAAUGAUGUUGUGGGUGCAUAUAUAGCAAGAUCGCAAUCGCUACCUCCUUUUUCAUUCAGCCAGGGCAUGAUUCCUUUUCUCUAGAGCUCCCGAUAGCAGGAUUAGGUCUAAUGGCCUGAAGUUGCAGGGGGCAUGAUCAUUGGGGUUAACCAUUGGGGGUUAGUUUUGGUUUGGGGAGAAAAGAGGUAAAUAAAAAGAGAAUUUUAUGGAUGGCAAGAUCCAGAUUUGGGACAAGUACUCUUUGGUGAGAGAACCCCAGCAGAGGUUUAAAAUAUACAGCAAAGUGUGGAAAUACAGGAUGUUAGCCCAGGCUUCCUCAACCUCGGCCCUCCAGAUGCUUUGAGACUACAAUUCCCAUCAUCCCUGACCACUGGUCCUGCUAGCUAGGGAUCAUGGGAGUUGUAGACCAAAAACAUCUGGAGGGCUGAGGUUGAGGAAGCCUGUGUUAGACCUUUAAAACAGUCAGAGCAGUUUAAUAAUGGAGCCAGUUACCAGGGGGUAAUUCGUCUCUUCAAGCAGAGGCUGGACAACCAUCAGCUGAGGUUAUUGUAGGUUUUCUUCAUCAAGAAGUAGGGGGUUGGACUAGAUUGCCUACAAGGCCCCCUCCAACUCUGCUUAUUAGCACAAACAUUUCCUAAUGGUUCCCAGAAAAAGGUCAGAUGUGAACCUCCAGAGAAGGGAGUUCUAGAGUUCGACUAAAGCUGUGCCUCUAUUUGUAACAUUCUGGUGUGAACAUGGAACAAGGGUGGGGUUGAAUCAGUCAAUGCACACAGUUGGAAUCUCUGUGAAAGAGAGAAACUCAAGCCAUUUUGGCAUCCACGGGUUAAAUGCAACAUGUGAAUUAGUACCCAGAAGGCUUUAGGAAGCCAGUGAACCUACCCACCCCCCAGCCCAAUACACUAGUAUAAUAGUGGCUUUUGUGUGGUUUUCUAGGCAAUGUUGCAUUCUCCAGAUUUAUCAAACUACUCCUGCCCCUUUAGAUAUCUGAUUUAAGAAUUUUAUCUCUCUCCCUUCCCCCACCCUGCCACAGCCUUUCAUCAUUGAUGGCUUCAAAUUUGACCUUCGGAUUUAUGUGCUGGUAACAUCAUGUGAACCGCUACGGGUUUUUCUUUAUAAAGAGGGCCUUGCGCGCUUUGCGACGUCUGCCUACUCAGACCCAUCACACAGCAACUUGGUAAGCAAGGGAGGCUCCUGCUGACGUGACCAAGCGCACUUGUAAGAAAUAUUGACGGCUUUUGGUUCAAACCACAUAAUUCAUCAGGUGCUUCCUCUGUAUUUUCCAAGAAUUAAUACCCAAGCCUUGUGGUAUCCAAAGGAAUGCAGCAAUGUCGUAAACAACAGCCAUAAAUCAUUGAGGGGUGUGCAUUCAUAAGGAAGCAUCUCACGCAGCUGGUCUGGUGAAAUCAAAAGUGUGGGAAAUGCCGGUACCUGCAAGCAGAAGAGUUCUUUGUAGCAUUCCUCCAGCUGGAAUGAUGGAGCUGCUUUGCAGAUCCCACUGUUUCUUUCUUUGUCCUGUGAAAUAAGCAUCACUAUGAGGAAAUGCAUGGGGCCAGGCAGUACUAAGGGAUGCAUUUAGUGAAGCUCAGAACUCCUGCACCGAUUUAAGUUGGGUUUUUAACAUAUUUUGUACCUACUAUCCCUUUGAAGCCUGCACAGCAACCUUUGUCUACAGAGCUAACCCCGAAGUUAUUUGUUAAUGUUGGUUUAGAAGCGGCCUUUAAAAAAAAACCCAAAACAGCAACUAAACAGCUUGUGGGGGCGAGGGGGAAGGAGCAAUUUGGAAUAGAGAAGUAAUUGAAGGAAGAUGUUGCUUAAGCCUUUUAAAGCCCACUACUGCUGGCCACAUGACCCGGAAGCUGUACGCCGGCUCCCUCGACCAAUAAAGCAAGAUGAGCGCCGCAACCCCAGAGUCGGCCAUGACUGGACCUAAUAGUCAGGGGUCCCUUUACCUUUUUACUACUCCACUCUAAAUCAUCCCUCCAGCCUUCAGAGUUCCAAAAAUGCAUGUUUGCCUGUGUUCUGUUACAUAGGUUUGCGUGGAAGAGAUAGUCAUGCCCUAAAGGCAAUAAGGAAGUCUGAGGCCACAGCCAAUUCUCAGGCAGAGCCUGGUUGUCUGUGGUUUGAUUAAAAUAGUCUGUUCUCUUUAUUGUCCGAAUAGAACAACAGCCACCUUACUGAGACGCAGGAGGGGGUAAUAAUUUUGUCAUUUGCCUUGGUUUCAUUCUGAACUGUGUUUUAUGAAGAACGUCUGUGUGCAUAUUGUUAUCUAUUUCAUUUUUAUGAUUCUGUGAACGUGACAUCACUUUCCUUAUGUGAUCUAUUCUGAUUGACGAGUUUGGAGUCCAGAAAUACUGAAAAUACCCCACCACCACCACCACCACCACCAUGUAAGAGGUAUGCGCUCAAAAUUCCAAUUGGAAUUAAGGAAAGUGAUGUCAGCUUCGUAGGUCCAAAAGGGAUGUAAAGGCCAUUCAAUAUACUGUACACAGCCUGGUAAAGGUAAAGGUGCUUCCUCUCUGCCCCCCCCCCACAUCCUGAAGAAACAGCAUAAGGGAAGCAGAAAUCUCUCUAGCCUCAUAACCUGCUUGUUUGUUUAAUUAUUUACAGGACGACGUCUGUAUGCACCUGACUAAUUAUUCAAUUAACAAGCACAGCGCUAAUUUUGUACGAGACGCAGACUCUGGUAGCAAGAGGUACAGAAUGUUUUCUAAAAUAAUCACAGCUGGGGGGCCUGCUCUCAUGAAUCUUUAUGGCCAUUUCAUACGUGUUUAGGAAACAUUUCUCCAAAUUCAGCUGCAACGUGGCGCAUUCUCCAUCAUUAGGUGAAAUAAAUCAUUUAAAAAGCUCAGAUGAGUAACAGCAGGGUGCCUGGAGCAGGCGAGAGGAGCCUGGAUUUAUCCCCCCCUAAAGGAAAUACAAAUGAAUUUGUUGCAAAUGGAAUUGCUGGAUUGCCGCCCUCUGUUUUAUUGUUUUCGGUGGGUGUAAUUAGCCUCCCCUCUAAAUCUUGCGCAGAACGGUCAGUUCGAUCUAAUUAUUGUUGCCUCGAUAUUUCCCCCUCUAGAAUUUCUUGGCUUUUCUGUUGAUCACUAGCGCUGUGUUAGUCUGCUGGCUGAGGCUCUUCUGCAGUGCUCUGCCCACUGCGGCAAAGGCUUGAUAUGCUUUUGGUAUUUUUCCUGAGUAUUAUUGUGCUUUCCCGGUAAGCGGCUGAAAUAUCAGCAGUGCAGCCUGACUUCUGCAGUGUUACGCUGUGCUGCUGUCCAAAAAACGGGGUCUGCAAUGUGGCAGAUCAAGAGACAAGUGGGAGGAGUUACUAGAACAGAUGUCCCUAUAACUCCAGUGCCAAGGGAUCACUGUCAGUGCCCUGAUUUGUUUUUCCAUCAUAUCUGCUCACACUCUGUCCUUCUAGUUUUCAAAUGUUUGGCUAGCGGCUCCUAGCCUGGCAGAAAGAUAGCUUUGAAACUCAACUUUUCAAAGCUUUUAGGAAACUCGUGUCCAAGUCGGGGAAAGCAUUUACAGUAAUCUAUUUCUGAGGUAGGCGUAAGAGUUCCAUGGUGCUUUAAGAUGUGGUCUUAGAAACAGGAGUUCAUUCCCAAUGGCUCUCACCACUCCCCUGUGCCAUGGUUAGUGAAAGAUGGGAAGUGGUUCUAUGGCCUAGAUGACCCUAUGUUGGUCCCAAUUUCCCCUGUGGAUUAAGCAUCCUCCAGAGUGUCCCCUGUAGCUCUAUCCAGCCUAUCUUCAGGCUUUGGGCCUGGCUUUUAUUUAUCUCUCUGUUGGUCUGACUAACAACAUGAAAUGUUUUCCUUAGGUAAUCCAACAUUGCAGGGGGUUGGACUAAAUGACCCCUGAAGUCCCUUCCAACUCUACAAUUAUGUUAUUCUAUGAGCAAUGUAUAUGAGUUCUCGGUACCCUUUGGGAGAGCCCCUCUCCCAGUAUAAUCACCCAGUCUUCAGUCUGGAUGGGUCAAAACUGUCAGAAGGAUGGGCUUUCUCGCCUUUCCCUUUGUUUUAGAAGUAUUAACUGGUAGCUAUCCAGAUUAAUUAAUGUGAAGGGGAAAGUUGUGCAAAUGGUCUUAGCUUACGGCUGCAGCAGCCCAACUUGCAGCGGAUGAAAAACAGAAUGCAAGUCCUUCAGGUAUGUUCUCUCUCUCUCUGCCCCCCUCCCCAAUUUUUUCAAGGAAGUUGUCCACCUUUAAUGAGCACAUGGAGCAGAAUGGCUAUGAAACGGAACAGAUAUGGAAGGACAUUGAAGAUGUUGUCAUUAAAACACUGAUAUCAGCCCAUCCUAUCAUCAAGCAUAACUAUCUCACUUGCUUCCCCAACCACACCAUGUGGAGUGCCUGCUUUGAGAUCCUGGGAUUUGACAUUUUGCUGGAUCGAAAACUCAAACCAUGGUUGCUUGAGGUAUGUCCCAACAAAGCAAAUGGCCUUGAGCUUAGAUUCAGAAACGUCUGAGCUCUCUUUCUCUCUCUCUCCUACUUUGGGGGGUUAAAGAAGCUGCUAUUAUUCCCAAAAUGCAUUGGUAAAACCCACUUUGAUCUUUCCCCCAUCUUCCCUCAGUUGCUCGUGUGCCCCGUGGCAAUUCUUCCAAGCAUCAGGAUGCCCAGCAGAGGGCGUUCGGCUACAGGAAAUGUAUUUGGAGUUGUUUUUAAAAAAAUCACACUUGCCCUUGCACGUUGGCGUUCCCAACUGGGAAGACAGUCAGUUGGUUUCAUAAACAAAUCCUCUAAGAGGAUCCAAAACAAAUUGGAUCUGCCAAAUUGGGUCAUAGCAAAAGGUUAUCCAGCUAAUUUUUCUGUCUUCUGGCAUCAGCCAGCCAACUUCCACAGAGAAGUUCACCAGAAAAAGGCAAGCAGGUUGUACUUUUCGCUGUCACAUAUCUAAUAGUCACUAAUGGAUUUAGGCUUUAUACUAAACUCAAGCUGCUUAAGCUAGAUGUCCCGUGAUGGUCAGUUUCAUAGUCUAGUAGUUACACAUUGCACUCCAUAGUAUUACCCUAUCUUUAUCUUAAGCCAGUUGUCUGUCUAUUGUAGCACAAGCCUCUGUUGUACAUUUUUUUUGUCUUCUUGUUUAUUUAGAUUUCUAAACAUCCCAUUUUAAGGACUCAUGGUCUUGUUAAUUUUAGAAAGAAAGCCAACAAAGCAAGGCAUCCAUUAAAAUAUAUCAUCGUAAACCAAAUUUAUUAAUGACCUUAAUGUAUUUAAAUGUACAUUGGUCUACAUAAAAGAAAAAUGAAAAAUACUUCCAUUAGAAAUAAAAAUUCAAAUGUAACCAUAAAAUCAUCUGUACAGUUAUAUGUUCCAAUUAUGUCUAUACGAUUAUACACGCUCCAAUAUUUAAAGAAAAAGGAGUUGCAAAACACCUCCUGCUCUUCUAACUGUGAUUACAAAUUUCUUAUUUCUGAGAAGAAUCUUCUGAUUUGUUAUCAUUGAGCAGCAGUUGUUCAGUACAGUGUAUCAUUCAAUAUACAGUACUUCUCCUUUUUCUUUAGAUGACUAAAAGUUUGUUUCGGUUACCUUUGGAAACGACCACAUCUCCUCUCAGUAAAUUAAGAAGAAAUCCAUAACCAGCAUUUAUGGUUUCCAGUGUGAUUAAAUUUACAUGGCAUGCUAAGCCAUCAAGCAUUCAGAAAUGACAACUUGUUAUACAAUUUAUUUUCUGUAUAAGCCUAAUGUUGUAACAGUCUGCCUCUGUGUCCCGGUUUUUCACCUUGGCGUGUUGGAGGGUAUGCCCCUGAUGAGUAUUUUAUCCGAAUACAGUUCUAGGCCCCAGUCUUCUGUACUGAACUGUCUCACUCCUCCCUAGCUUUGCCCUUCAAAAUCUACUUAUUCCCAACCUUAAAAAGCCAGAAACCAAAUAAGAAGAUUCUGCAGCCUUUCCUAAGCAACUAGGAGGGGAAAUGGGGGUGAAAAUGUGGCAAGCAAGCAAAUUCAAAGUUGUAGAGAGAUGCUGAAACAAGAAUUCUGAUAAAUCUCUAGGAGUGCCAUAAUUAAGGAGCAGUCACCAAGGGUCUCUCUCAAGGUAGCUAAUUGCAUGUGAUUAAUAAUUAGAUAACUCAGAUGUGCCCCUAAGGCUAUUGCAGUACACAGUCUUCAAUGCUGAAAGUUUUAAAUGUUGGUUUCAGCUUACUUCCCCAGUAAAUAGGUCUUUGAUCUUCCAACGUUAUUUUUUCUCCCAGUAAUUUUUGUGUUAUAUAUUUCAAAUUGUAGCAAAUUCAAAUAUAGGUUUAAUUCCCAUCCAGGUGAAUCACUCUCCAAGCUUCAGUACUGAUUCAUGGCUGGACAAAGAAGUAAAAGAUCAGCUCCUGUAUGAUACUCUGGUUCUUAUCAAUUUGGGUGCAUGCGAUAAACGGAAAGUACUGGAGGAAGAGAAACGGCGAGGAAAGCAGAGGCGCCUUAAGCAGUGCCCCAACCGGGAAUCCAGGUGGGACCUUUUCAGUGCUUCUUCUGCUUCUUGGGAUUACGCAGAUAGGAAUUUGUAAAUCAUCUGCAAAACGCGUUUAAAUGCAAUGGAUUUUAAUCUUUUGGCUCUUCCAUGAGCUGUAUGAAAAACAAACAAAUAAGCAUAUAUUUAAUAUAACUUUCAGUCCAUUUAGUAGUCCUCUUUAAAUCAGGAUUACUCAGAUGUAUUAAAAUAGAAAUUUACAGAGCAAAAUUAGCAAAGUGUUGAUGAAGCCAGCACAUUAUCCAGCAACUUAGGCUGCAACUAAAAUAUAUGCAUUGCUGCAGCUGAAAAUGGAGCCGUGUGCCUAGUUUCACCCGCCGCUCCUAAUGUCUGAUACAACUUAUCCAUAUCCUGGUGAUGUCACAACAUUGUGCAUUUCUCUGCUUGUUGGCUGUUGAUUUUAGAUGCAUCUGUAUUUUAGCAUCUAGUUUUUGCCUGUAUAACAACGUAGCUAACCUGUAAGCAAGCACACGGCACCUCACUCAAAACAACUAAGAACAUUUCUCAAAGGGGAACACAUAAAAAUGAAUCCAUAUAUCUAUUGGGGAGAGUCUACAGCUCACAGGCUUUGGCUGUGAUAGGGCCAGGUUUCGUGCAUAUAUGCCGUCUCAUCACAGAAAAGCAAGACCCAAAUUUUGUAGUAUUAUUUUAUUCACUCCUAAAAUAAAGCUAAAUUUGUGCAAUUGUGCCACAUCAUUCCUGCCAUCCUGAUAAAUUGGAUGGAAUAUGCUGGGAAAGUGUGUGUGUGUGUGUGUGUGUGUGUGUGUGUGUGUGUGUAGGUUUGAGAUGAGGUGGUAAAAUAUGGAGGUUUUGCUUCUGAUAAAAGAAAUUGCAUAUUAGCGUACAGCAGAAAGUGUUUAGUGCUGGAAAAUCAACCAACAGUCCAGAGUGUGUUAGAUAACAGUGUGAAUAUUUGUGCUGUAGGGCUCAUUUACACUUGGGGCAUAACUUCAGGGCUAGAUCAUCCUUAUUGUCUCUGCUAUGCAAAUUUUCUAAGAAAUAUUAGAAGAGCCUCACAGCCUUCAGCAAGAGGAAACUCGCUAUUUCUGUAAGCAUUAUGUGCCCAAAACAGAACUAGUUGGUGCAGAAAAGUGUAACUUGUGAAUCCUCAUACUGCGACGUAAAUUUUAAAAGAACAGAACUUUAUUUAUUUUUGAAGUGUGCCUCUUCUUUCAGCCAUCAUUCAAACUGAGUUUCCUCUGCAGUCUGUGUAUAAGUAGUUCAAGAAAGAGUAAGCAUGGAUUACAUACACAGAAAGUGUAAGUGAGCCCAGCGGUGGCUCCCACUCUUACAGUUUUCUAAAUGCCAUUAGUGUGCUUAGGUCCCCUCUCAUAUAUGGAUAGGGCUUGGAGCGUACAAAAAUAGAGCUGGAUUGCAAGAUCCCGCCAGGGUUUGGGGCAGCCUCCUAUUUCUUUUCUACCCUCCUUAUCUUUUCUUGCGAAGAAAAUAAGGAGCGAUAAAACUGAGUUCUUAUGUUGCAGAAAGACUGCAAGGAUGGGCCUUUCUUCCUUCCCAGUCUGGAGAAUGCAACAUUGCCUAGAAAACAACACAAAAGCCAUUAUUAUACUAGUGUAUUGGGCUGGGAAGGGAGACAGAAGGGGGCCUGCCAAAAAAGCGCACACACCGGUUUCCUUCAGAGCUCUUUGCACCUAGUUAAUUAGCAUUUUUUUUAAUAAAAAAAGGGAUAUGAUACAAUUGUGAAUGGUGUAUAUCUCUGCACUUUGUUUAAAAGCUGUAUAAACAAGCUUUGUCCUAGUGGGUUGAGUUAAACAGAUAUAAUUUAAAAGCUGAAAUGGCAACAUGAACACUAAAUGGAGAGGUCUCCCACUGUGGACGUUUUGUCUGUUAACCGUUUUUCUUGGGUGAUUUUAUCAGGGCUGAGGAAUACAAGAACUCCCAGGCUGCUUGGCUCCAGCAAGCGGAGAUGUAUGAGGAAAAAAAUAUAGGAGGCUAUCGCCGAAUUUACCCCAGUUCAGAUUCAGACAAAUACGACAAGUUUUUCCAACACAAUAAUUCAAUCUACCAGGAAACAGUAGCUUCCAGAGCACGUGAAGAGUUUGCCAGGUAAGAAAUGUCAUUUUUCUCUGUUUUGUGUUAAAUAAAAGGGAGGUGUAGGACUUGAGGUUGCUGGGGGUUUUUUGGGGGGGGGGAGAGACUGCUAGGAUCAGUUUUUUGUCUUAUCCAUGGGCCAUUAGUAUAGAGCUAAGUAACCAUUAAAUCUUUCCAUUUCUUCAUUUCAAGGUAGCCUUCUUUCUGUUUACUUUUUAAGCCAGGGCUUAAAACUUUGGAAAACUUUGCUGCUAUCUUUUCUUCUUUUUUUACUAAAUGUAUAGGCUGAUCAACUAUUUGAAGAGUACAGCAGAUGUUCUUGUCUCACAGCACAACCUGCUAAAUUGUCAUCCAGCCCUGAACUUAGUAGUUCUAGUCUCUCCCCCCCCCCCCAAUUUUCUUCAUGGUAAUCCCUAAUGUGUUGUUGUUUUUCCUGACAAAGGCUUUUGUGUCUUGUGUUUUUAUGUUUAUGUAACUUCCAGGUUGAAGUGCCAUCCACACACAUUCAGAUGGUCUUGUUGCAAAUUACGCAACAGACAUCUGUACUCACAUUGAUCAAGUGCCAUUGUCUCAUCAGAAACUAGGAGGUUCUACAAUGCCAAUAAAGUCCACCACUUAUCUAAUGGACUAAAUAUUAGAUAAUAGAUAAUACCCAUAAAAUAUGCACCAAGACAAUCUUCCCCAGGCAGGUAGGAGAAGGGAAGGCAAAGCCUUCAACAGGCCUUGGCUCUAUCAUAUCCAAGGCUCCCUCUGAGGAGCUUUUUAUAUUCCUAUCAUGUGCCUAUCUAGCAAAACAUGAAUUAUUGGUUUAACUCCACUUUAAAUAUCCCAUUCUUGCUGCAACACCAAGUGAUCCCCAGGAGUACUGAUAUUGUGGUGGAUCAGGCCUCCCCAGAUUCACUUGGCAGGGUAAGUGCUCCCAGUGUUUUGCUCAUUAAAACCCUAGAAAUCCUCUUUUUCCUCCCCACAACUCUGGAGAGGGAAGGAAGAGCACUCAUAUCAAGCUGAGCUCGGGAGCAGGCACAACCCAUGCAAGCAACCAAUAGUAUAAUAAGCCAUAUCUUGGGGUAAUGAAUUCCAGGAGCGAACUGGGUGCUGUGUGAAAGUGAGCUUUCAGUGCUUUACUUAGUGCCAGUUAGCUUCAUUGAGUCAUCCUGAAACCCUCUAUUUUCAAUGCUUCUCUGAGAGCCAUAAAUUUGAAAACGGGUGUGUUAGAGGAUGCCAAACUACAUAUGCCCAAACACUGCUUGGUCUUGACCAAAAUAACUCCAGAACCCUCUUGCUAAUUUGGUUGUGCAGUUUAGCCUGUUUUUAAAAGUUGUUCUGUUAAUGGUGUUUUAUAGAAGGUGCUUGUUUUACUGAUGAUUAUUUUAUAUUACUUAUGUUGCAGUUGUGAUGUUCGACUAUGUUAUUAUUUAUUGCAUGUUAGCCGCUUUGUGACUCAUGCGGGUGAAAAGAAGCAUGGAAAUAUAAUAAAAGAGAUGAAAUAAACUAUACCCUUCAGACGCUGACAUUCUGUGUCCUUGAAGUCCCCACCACCAGAUUGUGUGGCCCUGGUUGUGAAAGGAAGCAUACUUUGCUUCAGGGUAGCCAACUUAGUACCCUCAACAUGUUGCUUGACUCCAGCUCCCAAAGGAAAGGAGUUUCACUGCUCUUAAAAAAAGGCAAUUGAAAAAGGAUAGAGUUAAGGUCAAUUAUUCAAUUAUAGACUGUAUAGACAUUAGGGCUGAGCGAUACCUGGUUUUCAACAUUGCUAAACAUUGUGAUGUAUCGCUAUAUCACGAUGUCUGAAAUAAGGAUGGAAAUAUGUAGAGGUGAGCAGUAGGGCUGGGCAAUAUCUGGUUUUCAACAUCACGAUAUAUCACCAUACAAACAUUGUGAUAUAGCGAUAUAUCACAAUGCCUGAAAUAAGGAUGGAACUAUAUUGAGGCAUUGACUAGCUUCACAGUUUUUCCCACAUUGUGAUUUUUGCAUAGCACACACACUCAUUGUGAUUUGCGAUAUAUUGUCAGGUCAAAAAUUAUGAAACUGAUAUCUUGAUAUGGACUUGAAACUGGUUUUGGACAAUGUAUUGAUAUACUGCCUAGCCAUAGACAUACAUUUUUGGUAUUCCUUAUGAUAAAAUGCACAGUAUAAUGAAUACAGAUAGAAGGAAAGCCCUUAUUUUCUCACUUAUAGGCCACCGCCAAUUAAAAAUGAGUGCUCCAUAAGGCAUAAUGGCCAGAUGUGUUUCAAUGUUCUAUUAUCUUUAGUGCCCAAUGAUAAAUAUUGUACAAAUCAUGAUGGUCAGAACCUUGGACGAGCAAAACAUUCCUUUGGAAACCAAAAUACAGUGCAGUCUUACCACUCACCCUUAUGCUUCUUAUAAAAAAUAAAAUUCGAAUGCGCAAACAUUUUCAAAGAUCAAAGAGUUCCGGUGUAGACAUUUCCCAAAGAUCAGUACACAGCCACGGGGUGACUUGACUGCAUGCACCUACCAUUUUUAUCUUUUGCAAUCCGCCUGGAAGUGUUGUAGCAUUCUCAGUCCAACUCCCAUCCUCCUCAGCCAGCAUCGCAAAUGGUUACGGAUCAUGGCAGUUGCAGUCCAGCAACACUUGGCGGUCAUCACUUUAGCUGGCCCUGCUCUGCUCUUCUUUAUUAUUGCAUCACAUUCUGUCCCUAUAGUUAGACCUUGGACAUUUCCUUUUUUACCUACCUUCCCAUGCUUGUGGCUGGGACUGCUAAAUUGGCCCAUAUUGUCUGGCCACUUACACUCUCAUUGCCUCCACUUCUCUUGAUUAAUUUGGGGAAAGACAUGCCCCAUGUCUUGCUAUGCCGCCCUCAUACAAUAGGCAACCAUUUGGGCUUGGCUUAAGAGGCAAGGCCACUCUGCCUGGCCUUGAUCCCAUGCACUUUCGGGGGGGAUUUUUUUGGGAGGCUUUAAGGGUUUGCAAACCCGGUGUAGCAAUCUCGACGGUAAGCAGCACCUGGUAGGCAGCCUUCUCCCUGUCUUGAGUCUGUUAUGAACGCUUCUCUGCAAUGUCGUCAACAGGCAGCAGCUCCAAGGGCUGCGUCUCAAGAAAGAACAGAAAGCAGCUCUGCUGAGAGAGAAAAAGGCCGAGCUGCAGGGAGAGUCGGGUGGAGAAAAGAUAAAGCUUCCCAGGCAAAAGAUGGUGAACAGAUCAAGUGUGGUGCCAGUCUCUGCCCAGGUAGGACUAACACAGAAACGUAUUGGCUAAUGAAUUAUUCCACACACAUGAACACACACCCACACACUACUAUCUCUGGAAAAGUAAAUUGAAAGGCCUUCUCAAUUCUCUGCUUCUGUAAACUAAUUUUAAUGACUCCCCGCCACCAAAUGCCAUAUUCAGACUAACUUGGAUUAAUCAGCAUCCUGCAGGAAAUUCAUCUUAAGCCAGAUGGAACUCCAUGGAACUUAAGAUUUGCCCUUAUAUAGUUCAAAUGGCCCAGAUGAUAACCAACUUGCUUGCCAUGUUGGUGGUUUGGGGUAGCUCUCUCAUUGUCACUUUUUCGACAUCUGCAGAAUCUACCCUUUCCUCUCUCUACCUGCUGCUAAAGACCCUUCCCAGAGCUCUAGUCUCCUGUUGUAGCUUCUUCCUUGCAGGCCUCCCCUUCCAUUGCAACUUUUCUGUCUGGCCAACUGGAAAUUCCCUGCUAAAUUUGACUUUCUAUCCCUCUUCCGCUAUUGUCAUAUUGUGUGCUGAGUGUAUCUUAUUGCUGUGCUUCCAGUUUGUUUUAUUUACUUACUAUAUCGCCAUUCCACUUCUCCUACAAGGGGUUCCAGAUGAUGUUUCUAAAAUUCACAGGAUGGUGUGCAUGGAGAUAUAUUAUUUUAUUCUCUCAGCUUUGUGAGGUAGUUCAGGCUAGGGACAAAUGGAUCUCUCAGUUUUCAUUUUCUCAAUUUCUCAUUUUCUUAAGUUAUAUUCAGUUUUCUACAUUUCUGCAUAAAUUUGAUUUAAAACAAAACCUCAAAUGAAAAUUCGUUCAUUAGUGUGAACUCCGAAUAAACACAUGUCUAUAUGCAGUUUUAAUUAAUGUGCACGUUUUGGUAAGCAAUUUCCCCUAAUAGGAUGCAUUUUUCUGUUAUUUCCAUGAAUAAAUUCAUUUUUUUUGCACACUUCCCCCAAAUAUAAUGAUUUUUUGUAAAUAUCAUUUGGUUGGCGAACUGCAUUCCAAAAUUCGGAUAAGUUUGCAUUUUGAAGAAUGGCUGUGUUUCAGUUCACUUUUUUUUUUUGGAAACUGAAAAUUAGAAGGUUCACAUUCAAAUGCAAACUGUCUCCUCUAACCCUAGUUUAGAAUAAGAUGGGAUGCUGGCUCAGUUGGUUAGAGCACAAUGCUGAUAAUGCCAGGAUUUCAGGUUUGAUCCCUUUAUGGGACAGCUACAUAUCCCUGCCUUACAGGGGGGUAGACUAGAGAUCCUCUAGAAUUCUAUGAUUCUAUGACUUUCCCAGAGCCAAUGGUUUGCUUUCACCUUCCAAUCGCUCUGCUUCUAUAUUUCUUUCUCUGUAUUCAUUGCUUCCCAAACCAUCAUGUGAUUUUAAAAAAAGAAAAUAGGAAUAUGUACUUGCGUGUCUAAACAGAUGACUAGCGACUAAUAAAUUCUGAACUACGGUAAUUUAGAGUUUGUGGACUUGUAGGGCAUACACACACAUUUCAUUUCAUGCCUGAAUUUGACCUUGCUUGGUCUUUAUUUUUCCUCUUAUUUAGCCUGAGGAUUGUUCAGAGGCUGGGCCUGGGACUACCCUCCUGCUUGAACAUUUUGCAGAUGAGAAAGAACCCAAGAAAGAAGUGACUUGUGAUUCUUCGAGCACCUCUCAGCUUCAGAACCAUGGGACAGACAGCAGCCCAAAGACCUCUGAAAACCGACCCGUGAGACCUUACAGUUCUGUGCCUGACCUUACCAGACAGACUGCACCCCGCAUCCGAGAGCAGUAUAAUUCCAAUCCAGAAUUGAGAAAUACCAUUAACAGCCACCAUUCUGCAACAGAUGUGAACUUUAUAUCUGGAGUAAGUAAUCAAGUUGUGUUUCUGUUGUAAAAUUACUGCUGAAUUGGAUCUCGUGCCUCACCAUACAGCAAACACAGAACAGGCCUUUUGCCCUGAUUUGUUUAAAAGCUUUUCCCUUCCGGCAGGAAUUAUUACUGGGCAACUUUAAUAUAAUAUAUCUGAACAAAUUGGCUUUUAUUUGUUGCGUUUCGAAAUGAUGCAUUUCUAGAUGCUGUAUAUUUUGGGUUUUUUACUGUUAAGUGGGUGUGUAAGCAGCUAAUGAAUUAUUUGGUGUAUUUUUAUAUUAUUAAUAAUAACAACAACAACAAUCUUUAUUACGGUCCAAAGACCAAACAAAAUAUUACAAAUCAAUACAGAGUUCAUACAGCCUACCUCCAGGUUAAUCAAGCAUUUUGUUUAGAAUAUAGGGCUCGUUUGUUCUUGCAACCACCGAUAAAAACUUUGCCACUGCCAACGUUCUAGCUUUUGUCCAGUCUUCCAGUAGGAACCUGACAUAGUGAGCCUCUGAUUUUCCCGGGAAAGGCACCAGCAAGGGUAGUAUCAGUUCAGCCCUGGCCUGCUCAUACUUCGCACAAUGCAACAAAAUAUGAUUUAUGGAAUCGAUGUCUUGAGCACACGAGCAAAGUCUGUCCUGAUAGGGAACUCCUCUCAACCUACCAUCCAGCACUGCAGAGGGGAAGACAUUUAGUCUGGCUUUGGUGAAAAGCCUUCGAUAGUUAGGUACUGUCAGGUUUUUGAUGUAAGAUGUUAACUCAGAGACAUACCCAUAUUGAACUCCUGCUGCCAGCGGACUACAGACUGCGUGUGAUCGAGAUCUCAGGUCACUGUGUGCAUUGUCCCAUAAUCUUUGCUUUAAAACCUUUUGGGCGCCUUCAUAACCCAGGUAAUACAGUUGGGGGGGAGACAGACCAAUAGAGGUGGCUUUUUUAGCCAUGGUUUUCUGCCAUUUGCUGACAAAUUCCUCAUUGGUCAAAUGUUGGUACAGACCCUUCCCUAGAUUAAACACUGAAAUCCUGAGCCAAUAUUAUUAUAUUAAUAAUAUAAAGAGAAAGAAAAACUUCUAAAAGAGGGGCAAUCCGUUUGGAAAAAACUCUUGAUCAAAUAUGAUAGGGGUCCAUAGUCUUCAUGUUAAGAACAUAAGAAGGAGUCCUGCUGGAUCCAGCCCAAAAGCUAAUCUAGUCCAAUAUCCUAUUCUUACAGUGGCCAACCAGGUGCCUUUGUGAAGCCUGCAAGAAAGACCUGAGUGCAGCAGCCAGGGUGGAUUUAAAUCAAUUGAUUUAAAUCACAAUUUAAAUCACUAGUCAGUAAGCCUUGAUUUAAAUCAUUAUUAUUUUUACAGAAAGACUCAUUCUUCCUGGUAUAAACUUAAAACAGUAUUGACAACCAGAUGAAGGUUUCAUUUUUGGAACAAUAAAUUUUCAGAGUAGUUUUUACAGUUAUAUAAAAAAUUACUGAUUUGGUUAUACUAUUAGAAAUCCAUAGACCGAUAAUUAUGGAAUUAUUGUGAGGUUUAAUAAGCUAACUGUUUAUAUUUGGACAACUUUUCUGCUGUGCUUUAUUGGAAGGAGAAAAACAAUAAUUUCCUUAACAACAAUUUAAACAAUUUAUUUAACUCAAACAAUAACAUUAUAGCAUAUGUAUCCAUGUUUUUUAACUGAUGUGGUUAAACAAUUAAAAAAAAACCUUAGACUGAGUUUUAGCACACAUGAAAAACUUAAACAAAUCAUUAUUCCCUGUAAAUAGCCUUUGGACUAUAAUGUGUCUUAAAUAGAAAACUAUCUUUAGAAAGAUUUUUCCUCCAAAAGCAUUUUAUUUUUAAAAAUCCAAUUUAAAUUUUAAAAAUCCAAUUAUUAUUUUUUAAUCAUUGAUUUUUACCCACCCUGGCAGCAGCACUCUCCUCAUUUCUGUCAAAGAAUGGGAAGAGGAGGAAUGGUGGAGACCGCCUCCCCAUCCUGACCCUUCCAGGGAGGAGGAAGAGGAAGACAGUAUAGAUUUACAAAAGGGGUUUGAUGGAGGCAGCACCUCAGAGGCAGAUGAAGGGGAAAGCAGGGAAAUCAUAGAGAGCCGGAACAACACCCAGCUGACACGUUGUCAUGAGAAAGCAUUCCAGACCCUACAUCUCCCAGAACCUGGCGAGCCUCAAAAGUAGGAGAGCAAAGAGCUCAAAGACAGAGGGCAUGUUGCAGCACUCGUAAAGGUGAUGAAUGAGUGGGAGAGACGGGUAGUGGAGAUUCACUAGGGACAAUGCCAUUAUACAAGAGGCUGGGUUCUAUAGCCUCUCUCUGUAAAGACUGAAAUAAAAAAGGAUGGCAAGAAACUUUCCCUUUUCUUUAUACUUUCCUGGGCAACCAUCUGACAAGCCACUGACAUCAUCCUGACAAUUUAUCGCAAUUCCCAGGGACUGCUAUAAAGAAGCACACUAUGUCCAACAUUGGCUGUAGAACAGUCAUCCCUAAACUCGGCCCUUCAGACGUUUUUGGACUACAACUCCCAUCAUCCCUGACCACUGGUCCUGUUAGCCAGGGAUGAUGGGAGAUGUAGUCCCAAAACAUCUGGAGGGCCGAGUUUGGGGAUGCCUGCUGUAGAACAUAGGCAUCAUGCCUAGUAGCUGCUGAUAGCCUUGCCCUCCAGGAAUAUGUCAAAUCCUCCCAAGUUAUCUUAUCGUAGAAUCAUAGAAUUGUAGAGUUGGAAAGGACCCUGGGGAUCAUCUAGUCCAAUCCCCUGCAAGGCAGAAAUUUGCAGCUGUUCCAUAUGGGAAUUGAACCUGCAACCUUGGUGUUAUCAGCAUCACGCUCUAACCAACUGAGCCAUCCGGGCCGAUUAGGAGUGAAUUCCAUAGUUUAACUUUGGGCUGUGUCAAAUACUCCUUUCUUUUCUUUUUUUUUUGUCUUUCCUGAUCUAACAUUCAGCUUCUUUGGAUGGUCCCAGGCUGCUCUUGUAUUCAGAGGGAGGGAGGGUUGAGAAACUACAUUGGUUCCAGGCAUUGGUUCCAUUUUUGCUUCUGCCAGGUAUUUUUAUCAGUCUGGUAGCCACCAACUUGGGGGACAAGGGUGGCACUGUGGGUUAAACCACAGAGCCUAGGACUUGCCAAUCAGAAGGUCGGCGGUUCGAAUCCCCACGACGGGGUGAGCUCCCGUUGCUCGGUCCCUGCUCCGGCCAACCUAGCAGUUCGAAAGCACAUCAAAGUGCAAGUAGAUAAAUAGGUAUCGCUCCGGCGGGAAGGUAAACAGCGUUUCCGUGUGCUGCUCUGGUUCGCCAGAAGCGGCUUAGUCAUGCUGGCCACAUGACCCGGAAGCUGUACGCCGGCUCCCUCGGCCAAUAAAGCGAGAUGAGCGCCGCAACCCCAGAGUCGGUCAUGACUGGGCCUAAUGGUCACGGGUCCCUUUACCUUUUACAACAAGGUACAGCACUAUUUGAAGCUACAUAACUGAUCAAACCAGUAGAACACAUGGCCAUCCUAAUUAAGAGGGUUUUUACUAAUAUGGGUGGCGCUGUGGGUUAAACUACGGACAUGGGUGGCGCUGUGGGUUAAACCACAGAGCCUAGGACUUGCCUAUCAGAAGGUUGGCAGUUCGAAUCCCCAUGACGGGGUAAGCUCCCGUUGCUCGGUCCCAGCUCCUGCCAACCUAGCAGUUCGAAAGCACGUCAAAGUGCAAGUAGAUAAAUAGGUACCACUCCGGUGGGAAGGUAAACGGUGUUUCCGUGCGCUGCUCUGGUUCGCCAGAAGCGGCUUCGUCAUUCUGGCCACAUGACCCAGAAGCUGUACACCGGCUCCCUCGGCCAAUAAAGCAAGAUGAGCACUGCAACUCCAGAGUCGGUCACGACUGGACCUAGUGGUCAGGGGUCCCUUUACCUUUACCUAGCCACCAACAUGAAACUUAGGGUACUCACUCUUAAGUGCAAAAAGUCUAAGCCAGUGUGUGGCAACUGUAUUAUUUCCUGGGUCUCUAACAGCUGCGUUAUCAGCGAGGUUGAUUUGAUGCUUUGGUUGUGUUUCUAUGCCACUUUCCAUUCAGAUGAAUCCCAAAGCACCUUAGGUCUGUCAGGCAUUUGCAACAGGGACUCCGUGAUAGCCCUUCCUUCUUUCCCUUGCCAGGUCCAGCCAACAGAUGAGUUUGCAAAAGCGCUGUGCGGUAAGGAGAGCCCAUGUGCUUCCAAAUAUUUUCCAGCAAUGGCCCUUCCUCGUGCGAAGAGUUCGACGGUGACCAAAAUGCCUUGCUGCAGAAGUCCGCCUAUUAAGAACUUCCGUCCGUUUGAAGAACACUCCUUCCGGUUUCACGUCAGAGAAAACACAGCCUCCCCAAACUCAGUCACCCCGAGGAUGAGAAGGUUCUAUGGGAACAACAAUGAAAAAGGAACCCUCUUGACCUCUGGAUUCUUCAGCAAGCUGACUUUUGCACCAAAGGAAAGAAAAAUCAGACUUCCCUUGCAGCAGCACUCUCAUCACUUGGUCAGCCGAGCACGUGAGAGCCGUUUUCUUGGCAUCCUGUCAGCGCAUUGUAUCUGUAUCGUAAGGGGCAGCCCAUCCAUGGGGCUCCAGGCAAAACCAUUUGCCCUCGUGCAGCAGAUUUGCCCCCCCCGCCCUACACCCCCUCUCCUCCACCACCGUUGCACUGCUGCCAGUCCCCGCGCUAUCGUCAUGGCGCCAUUGCCUUUACUGCUGCUUCUGUGCCCUUACCACUGCCACUGUGUUCAUAGCAGCAAGCGCAGGUGCAGCCACAGGCAUGGGCAGGGCUGGCAGCAGAGUGGGCACAGUCGUGGGAGCGUCGCAAUUGGGGAGCUGGUGGCAUUGGGCCGAUUUUCCUACAGCAGCAGUAUGCCAGCCCUGUCUGCAGAACAUGCAUAGAUAUAUUGAUCCAACAGAAUGUGAGAUGUUGUACAGAAGUGCUUGGUUGUUUUAAAAUGUUCAGGAUUUUGAUUUCUUGGGUUUGGGGUGCAUCCAAGAAGUUUUGCAUGGGGGGAGGGGAUAGGUGCUGCUUAUUCACUACUUCCAGUUCACAUCUUCCAGGUGUGUAGAGUGGUUCAGUAAUAAUAAUAUUAUGAUAAUUUAUUAUUUAUACCCCACCCAUCUGGCUGGGUUUCCUUGCCACUCUGGGCAGCUCCCAACUGAAUAAUAAAAACAUAAUACAGCAUCAAACAUUAUAAACUUCCCUAAACAGAUGUCUUUUAAAAGUAAGAUAGUUGCUUAUUGCUUUGACAUCUGAUGGGAGGACGUUCCACAGGGCAGCCACCACUACUGAGAAGGCCCUCUGCCUGGUUCCCUGUAACCUCACUUCUCGCAGUGAAGGAACCACCAGAAGGCCCUCGGAGCUAGACCUCAGUGACCGUAGUGUUAUCCCCCUGGCCACAUGUCAGAGAAGAGCUGGUACAAGAUCUGCGUAGGUUGUGGCAGAUGGGGAGGACAAACCCAAGUCUCACCGCAGCUCAUUCUUUGUAAUGCCAAGCUGUGGUUCAUACGCAGCUAGUGCGUUGAGCAAUCAGGUCUUGGCCGCAGGAGCUAGGGAUGUGAGGGAAUUCCAAUGGAAACAGAAACGGAAACAGAAAUUGACAGUGUUUGCUUAUUUGUCCCAUGUCUGGAACGGAAAUGAGUCCAGCAAAUCCACGGCUUUUUUCAGCCAGAAUUUACUGGAACUCAGUUCCAGCACCUCUCAGGUGGGCGCCAUCACCAUUAUAAGAGAACAAGGGAGGCAUUUGUGGUGAAUUCCGGCACCUCUUUUUCUAGAAAAAUAGCAUUGGGCAAACUUGUUGGGCAAUUCACUGUCGUUGCUUUCGGUUCAUGAUUGCUUAUAUUUUUCUUCUCAUUUUGCAUUGAUCCCUUUGCAUGGAAAUGAAUGGGGUGGAAUAACAUAAUGACAACACAAGUUACAUAAUUCAUUCUGUAUCUUGUGUAAGUACUAUAAUUUAGGGUUGCCAUAUUUCCGACGUGGGUUGCCCAGACAUUUUAAACGAUUUUCAGAAAUUCAGCCCGGACGCUGUUUGUGACAGAUACAGGGCGGCACAGAAAAUGGAUGCCUUCUUACAUCAUUCUUCUCCCAGAAAUAGAAGGAGUUCAGUAACACUGCAAUGACUCCAUUACAUUGGCACUGCAACAUCUGUGUAACUUUUCUCUCCGCCUCCAACUGGUGUUUGAGGCUAUAAGAUCAAUUCUGACUCUGAAUCUUUGCUCUUAUGGAGACUCAUACUGUAUUAGGUCUGUUGUCUGUGCAGAUAGAUACCCUCUUUUUCUUUGUAGUGAUGAUGAGAUGGGCAGGGGUGAGUGCAGGUGAUCUCUUUCCUGGGACCCACAAAACGGGUGCCAGCUCUGAACAAACCUGGUAGAUGAUUGUGAGACAAAAGUAAUAGGCAGGUGCCAGGUAGGUUAUGUGGUUUUGCCUGUACUUGCUGGAGAAUGUGCCUUAUGUUGACUGAGGAAGCACCCAGGUUAGGAGCCCCAUUGUGCUUACACAUUCCAUCUUAUUUUCUUACCUGCUGUCAGAUCCAGUAAAAGAAAACAAAAAAAUAUGGUCUGGUGAUACUGCUGUGCAAAUUCAAUCGCAGCACAUAAAUCUUGGUUUUUGUGCUACACAGAAAGCGCCUCGCUCCCAAGAGAAAUCCUGAGCUGCAGGAGCGCUUCGUACAAGAAGCCAACAAAAUACUACAACCCACACCUUGUCACGCAAAGGCCGAUGGUUCAGCAGCACAGCUUGCAAGACCUGCUGGUGAUCUCGCGGAUGAACAACCAGUCCCCCCAAAACAGCGACCCAAUGUUGGAAGAGAGUUCUGUAAACAGGUAACUGGCGAGUGUGGCUGCCAGGUUUUCAUUAGCAGAAGUUUAACAUUUCUGAAGGUGCUGGGGAGAACCAUAACUUUUAAAGCAAGUAGCUCGUUUUUUGUGAACCGCCCUGAGACCUCCGGGUAUAGGGCGGUAUAUAAAUUCAAUGAAUGAAUGAAUCAUCCAUUCAGUCAAUGCACUCCAAUCAUCUUCCAAGACUGUGCAUAUACUGUACUUGGAGUGUGGGGUGGGGGUAGAAUUUAAGCUUCUACACUAAUACAAGAAAAACUGCUUUCUGAUAUGUAAACUAUUUGCAAACCAUGCAUGUUAGGCAAAUGUAUGUACACUUCUUCAUUUGUUUCUGCUUUCUUUGGAGAGAGGCAAGGAUUGGGUUUUGGCCUUUAAACCUCUUCCUGAAAAUUCUGCUCAGUUCUGAAUUUUCGUUUCAACAGGCCUUUGCACGUCUAAGCUUUUGCAUUUUUAGGGCUCAAAACAUACUGUUUCUGAAAAUGACAUUGAGGUUCUCAUAAUGUUUACAUUUCUGCACCCAGGUCCAAAUCUUGCACUUCAGGGGAAGUAUAAAGUUCAUCAGAACCUUGUAUAAAGCCAGGGGUGUAAAUGUUGAAAAUUGCUACUUAUAGUAGCUAUUUCAUACAGAAUGCACGUAAUUCAUACAUGCAAUUUUAUAGGUAAUCCAGACAUUUCUGCCAGCCUGUUGCAUUGCAUUAGUUUCCAUGUUGUCCUCCCAUUUUUUUCUGAGACCUAAUCUAUGGUGAUAUUUUUUUAGUUAAAAUGCAAUUAUAGUGCCAUUCAAUGACUGUGAGCAAAGGGCUAUUGAGAGUACCCAGAACAAUUCUCCCCUUAAUUUUCCUCCUUGCCCCUUUCUUUUAAAAAAUAGGCCUCUCAAACUCUGCCACUUUAAUAUUCAAUCCUGAAAUGAGCCUUUAUCAGUCCAUUUUUGUUCUGUUGCUCAUUUAUUGGUUUUUUUUAUUUUUCUCUAGAACAAAAAUAAUAACAAUGAGCAUUUGUUUUUUCCAACAACAACAAAAAGAUGGCAGCAAUCUACAGCUCCCCAAAUAGACUCUUUCAGGACCAUUUCAGGAAGUAACUAAUUAAAAUGGCCGAGAAGUGGGCAUUUGCAACUGUGGUAGUUGUUAUAAUAGGCUGCUGGUGGUCUUUGGGGCAAAAUACUUGGUGCUGUUGUCUUUAUCUUCCAGUUCUGUUUCCUCAGCAUAUCACUGUAUUCUUCAUUCCAGGGUCUGA